AUGGAUCCGAUGGGCAUUAUUCUGGUCAGGGUCAUCUUUGGCAUCAUCUCUGACCGCUUUGGCCACAAGAGGCCGCUCGUCUGCAACCUGAUCCUCAUCGUCGCCUUCGAGCUCGGAACCGGUUUCGUACAAUCAUUCCCUCAAUUCCUCGCCGUACGCUCCCUCUUUGGUGUUGGGAUGGGCGGUGUAUGGGGGCUUGCAUCAUCGACGGCGCUUGAAAACCUGCCUGUGGAAGUACGCGGACUCGCAUCCGGGGUACUGCAACAAGGAUACGGUUCGGGAUACCUCGCCGCGGCCGUCAUCAAUCUAUUCUUGGUGCCUAAUGUGUCCGUUGGAUGGAGAGCUCUCUUCUGGACGUCGGCGGGAUUGUCACUUUUCGCAGCGAUCGUCCGGUCACUUCUUCCCGAAUCGGAGAUCUUCCUUCGCGCCAAGGCGGCACAGCGCGCAACGGGCACCUCGACCUCGACAGCAGAGAGGUCGAGGAUCUUCGUCAAAGAAACUGGCGUUAUGCUCAGGCUACACUGGGUUGUCGGCAUAUACGCUGUCCUGCUCAUGACGGGCCUAUCCUUCCUCUCGCACGGUUCGCUAGACCUCUACCCGACGUUCUUGCAACAGACGAAGGGAUUCAGCGCCCAUGACGCAAACGUUGCCACCAUCAUCUCAACCUGCGGCGCUGUAGCAGGAAGCACUGUUGCCGGUUACAUCUCUCAGUAUCUCGGACGACGACUCACCAUCGUCUUAUGCAUCAUUUGGACCGGCGCAUUCAUACCGCUGUGGAUCGUCCCCACCUCCUUCUCCGCACUCGCAGCGGGCGCCUUCUUUCUUCAAUUUGGCUCUCAAGGUGCCUUCGGCGUUAUCCCGAUCCAGCUCGCAGAGGUCUCGCCGCCUGCGUUUCGCGCAACAUUCCCAGGCGUAGCGUACCAACUGAGCAAUAUGAUCUCUUCAGCAUCCUCGCAAAUUGAAGCGAAAGGCGGAGAGAACCUGCGCACUACGGUGCUCAUCAACGGCGUAGCGAAAGAAGUUCCCGACUACGCGACCGUGCAAGGCAUCCUCGUUGGCGUCGUCGCCGCUUUUAUCCUCGUCGUCACUAUCCUCGGUCCUGAAGCGCAUGGCGCGCACUUUGAGAAGCAUAAGACGGCGUUCGAGGAAGGCGGUGGGAGGGACGAUGCUUUGAUUGAGGACGCGGGGUCAUUCGGUUCGUCUCAUCCGAUCGAGUCGUUGGAUGAGAAGGAGGCCGAAAACUUGGAAGAACUGGCUUAA